AUGGCUCAAAUGUUCAAGUCCAUUGCUCCCUCAUUCCUCUACCCAGGUGGUGACAAUGGCUCCUCUUCUUCUACUCCCUCAUGGCGACCAUGGUCAACACCCUCAAGAGCAGGAAACAACAACACCUCAAGGAACCGGCAGCGCAACACCAGCAACACCAGUGGCCAUACCAACAGGAGCCAGCACCAGCAGCAACAGCGCUACAACCACGGCGGGCUCGGAUACCAGCUGCCGGUAAAGAAAAAAGUCGAGUACAAGUUGGAUCGUCUGUUUCUGAAGAGGAUUUCCCGGCUGUUUGAGAUCCUGUUCUCGAAGCAGUCAAAGGUGACAUGGUUGUACAUUGGUAUGACUUUGUUCUGCUGUCUGAAUGAAGGCAUUGUGUACUUUGUCGGGACGAUCCCCUCGAGGUACUACAAGGUCUUAGGCGACAAGGAUUCGGCAGCCUUCUUCCGUUUACUGAUGAUUUCUCUAUUCACUGUUUUCCUUGCUGGAUUCGGAAAGAGUGUGAUCUUUUUGAUGGGCAGUUUGUUGUCACUGGAGGCAAGACGGACGUUGACGCUUUACUUUCACCGGAUCUAUAUUCAGCCAAAGCUCUUUUACCGGAUCCUCACUAUGCACGACGAAGAAAUCGACAACCCCGACCAGCGAAUCACUCAGGAUAUCGACAAGUUGGCAGAGGCGCUCCGGAAGAUGGUCGAGGAUUUGAUCAUCAGCCCGCUCUCGAUUGCAUUCUACACCUGGCAGUGCUGGCAGAUGACGGGAUACAUUGGACCGUUGUGUAUCUAUGGCUACUUUAUCUUCAGCGCCAUCACCAGUCGACUGUUGAUCAACCCAAUUAUUGAUGCAAUCUUUUUCAAGGAGUCGGCUGAGGGCUACUUCCGAUUCCUGCAUGUCCGCUUCCGCCAGUUUACAGAGUCGAUUACGUUCAGCCGUGGAGAAGGCGAGGCGAAGACGGCGGCGGAUGAUUCUCUGGAAAAGUUGCUGUGCUCCCAGCUCAACGUUAUCUACAAGGAGGUCCCACUCAAAUUCUUGCAGCAGAGCGUCUCUUACUUUGGAUCGAUUUUGAGCUAUGUGAUCAUUGCGAUUCCCAUCUUUCUCGGCAUCUACGAUGACUUACCAGCCUCCGACCUUUCAGCCAUCAUCAGCAAGACUUCGUUCGUCUCAAUGUAUCUGACAUACCAGUUCUCGCAGAUCAUCAAGUGCGGCACAGAGUUCUCGGAUUUGGCCGGAUACACAUCUCGAUUGGGUCAGCUCAUGGAGGCGCUGGAUAUGCUGAGCACAGAGAUGGAGAACAUUGCGAUCGAUUACCCUCAUGAGGAGUCCUUGUCGAUGGAUUCUUCGAUCCGGCUCGAGAACGUUACUUUCAGCACCCCUGCAGGAGAAGUUAUUGUUUCUGGAUUCACGCAUCGUUUUGAGGCUGGCGUCAACACUGUCAUUGUUGGACCAAACGGUUCUGGCAAGACUUCGAUUCUGCGUGUUAUGGGAGGCUUGUGGCCGGUCAGCAAGGGGCAAGUCAUAUUGCCACACCAGUACCGCAAGGAUGUGAUCUUCCUUCCCCAGAUGCCUUACAUGACAUACGGCACGCUUCGGGAGCAAUUGGUGUAUCCGCACAAAGAGAUGGCCUCUUCAGUAACGGAUGCUGAUAUCCUGAGGGUGCUCAAGUUGGUCCGUCUGGAGCAUUUAGUAGAGACUGUGGAGGACUUUGACCAGGUUUAUACGUUGGACUGGAACAAGAUGCUUUCGCCAGGCGAGCAGCAAAAGUUGGCGUUUGCGCGGUUGUUUUAUGUCAAGCCUAUCUUUGCCGUCUGUCACCAGGCCAGUCUAGAAAAGUACCAUCAACAACGAAUUGCGCUCGAUGGGCAUGGUGGGUGGUCUUGCUCUGGGAUCGCUUCGCCCAGGCCUCGGUCGCAGUCUUUUGGAGGCGUUGGUAGUGGUGCGCUGUCGGCGCUGACGACGACGACGGAUGAUGUUGAGAUUGAUACCCUUGCAGGAGCUGUGGAUGAUUAUGAGUAA